AGGUUCGUUUCCCGUUUCGUUUGUUGUUGUCCGGUUCUGCUUCCGCUGUGGAUACGGCAGCACAUACAUUUUUUUGCUUUUAUGGUUCCAAAGUCAACAUGACCAAACUGCAGGUGCUGAACGCCUACCUGACGGAGCGGCUCACGGUGGUGGUCAAAGAGAUCCUGGACGUGGUGGAGGACACGGUCACCGAGUACCGGGAGGAGACGGCCAGGACCAAGCGAGAGAACGAGAGCCUGCGGAGGCAGCUGCGGGACAUCCUGCUGCUGGAGGCCGAGACCGAGUGGCUGAGGUCCACUAGGUCCAGUCUUGGCUUUUCUGCACCAGAGCAGCCGCCCAAUGAUCCAGAGCCAAGGCCUCGCUCAGAAGAGUCCGACUCCACCCUGAACCAGCCCAGGCAGCCUCCAUCUAACCCGGCCAAGCCGAGGCAUGAGCAGGUGGUGCCUGUGCAGUUACUGUCGGUCCAGAGUGAGACUCCCCAAGGGCAAGGUGACAAGAAGGCUGAGUGCUGGGAGCCAGUACUGGGGCACAGCCCUCAACAGGAGGCAUUAGGGAAACCUUCAUCUCAACCAUCCCACUCCUCCUUGAAUUCUCCCCCCGUCCCGUACCCUAAAAUCCACAUUGAUGUUCCCGUGGUCAAAGAUGAAGCACAGACCCCAGCUCAUAUCAAAACAGAACCCAGGGAAUGCAACGUGACAGAACCUGAAGGUCUCACAGACUCACUGACAUCACCUGUGGCCACUCAUGUUUCUCCAGAGGAAGCGUUGAGAACGGACGCAGACAGGACAGUGUUGGUGCUCGCUGAACGGAACAAGACGUCGUCCCAGGAGACCACGACCGGUGCGGCAGACGACGGCCCCGCGGUGGGGUUCGUCGCCGAGCUCGUCCACCGCUGCCCCCGCUGCGGCGAGGCCUUCGGCCAGGCCAGCAGCCUCCGUCUGCACCUGGAGCAGAAGAGGAAAACGUACGCCUGCGACUGGUGCUGCAAGUCCUUCGCACAGUCCGCCGACCUGCGGCGCCACCUGCGCACGCACACGGGAGAGAGGCCGCACCGCUGCACCUUCUGCUCCAAGAGCUUCAGCCAGAGGGGCAACCUGAGGCGGCACCUGCGCAUCCACACGGGCGAGCGGCCGUACAGCUGCCCGUACUGCUGCCGCACCUUCAGCGAUGGCGACACCAUGAAGAAACACAAGCGCACGCACUCGGGGGAGAAGCCGUACCGCUGCGUCCAGUGCACCAAGUCCUUCACCAGCACCAGCGGCCUGCAGAUACACCUGAAGAAGGACAUGUGCUACCUGGCCAAUGCAUGAGCAGGCGCCAGGAGCGAAUGAUGCUGAUGCUGAGGGGACAGACCCACAGAGACAUGUAUCACUCUUUUAAUUAAAUGUAAGUGUGUGACUGGGAGCUAUUGCUAGUGGGCCACAGAUAUGAUACAUUAUUAUAGCAGUAUCUAUACAAUAGAUACUUUAACUUAUGUGUAGUUUCUUGUGCAUAUUAUCUUGAAUUCCUGGUGGAGAACCUGUUACAACCAACCUUCGCGUGCAGCUAGAUGCUCCAUUCAUUCUUUUGGUCUCUAAUUGAAAAGCAGUCAGAUUUGAUGGCAGGUCAAUGAACUUACAUGAUUCUCAAGACGUUUUCACACAGGGUCAAUUUAGUUUAACCUUACCUGAUAACGCUACCUCAUCCAUCACCAUUAAGCAGUGAACAGAAGGUAGUGGGUGAAGCACGAUCACAGGCUUGUUUCUGAUUAUGGCAUUAGACAAGUAAUUAAUUCGUUUUUGAUCGUGUCAUGAGUCAGGAUUUGUGGGUGAAGCAGAAAGGAAGCUCACACACUGGAGCACGUACUGUAACGUGAAGUGAAACCAGAACCCAGCUCAGAAGCAUCAAGAUAUGAGAAUUGCAAGAAACUUACUUGGUGCAUUAAAUAAGGUACGAUUCAUGUUU